AUGGACCAAGCAAAUGUGUCGCGAAUAUCUUCAAAAAGAGCGGAACAGACCGUGUAUGUGCCGCCGGGAAGACGAAGCAACGGCGGAAGUCAAGGAGCGUACGUCUUCAUCCAUCCAUUCCAAAAAAAAAAUCUCUUCUGCAGAAUAUCGGACGCCAAGCAAAAUACACGUCAAACUUCGGAAGUUGUGAGACGUGUUCCGCCAUCUUGCUGUGAACCUGAUGACUCGGAAGAGCAGACUUUGCCGAAAACCGUAAGAAAAACGUGGCUCCGAGAAAAUUCUUUUGAGUUUUUCAGAAUCCUCCCGCAGGUUCCACAGCUUCGGCCGAACAAAGUCCAAAAAACUUGAACGCCGUGGUAAGUCUAAAAAAUCGAAUUUCCACACUGAUUCUUGUAGACUUCAGAAUUCCAGGAGAAAACAGCACUUAAAAAACGGAUGUCGAGUAACGAGAAGCGAAGAAAUGAUUCGGUUGAGUUUGUGACAGAGCGGCGUGUUCUAUCGUAUGUUGAGAGUUAACAGAAAACAGAAAAAAUAUAACUUUUGUAGUCGAAAAUCGAAUCAAGCCGGCGAAGGAAGUCGAGAAUCGAGUGCGGUCUCCCCAAACGAAAUAGUUAGACCGUACUUUGUCCGUCCACCGCAAAAGAAAAAUGAACCCGAAAUGAGUGUCGAGAGAGUAGGCGAAACGAGCGUUUGUGAUAGACAGAAACAAAGAUUUCGGCGUUUUGCAGUUUCACACGAACGAAGUGUGUUACAUUGACUCUCAUUGCCACACGGACUUCAUCUUCUCCAUGAUGCCGAAACGGAACUAUCACGACGGACUGCAGAAUUGGCUGGACGGAUAUCCGAAGGCGAGCAAUAAGGGCUUCGCGGGUCAGUUUAUUCUCCAGAGACUUCAAAAACAGGUCAUUGUUGCAGGCUGCAUCGUCAAUUUCAUAGAUCCCGCUUUGUUCGUGGACGAAAAGAACAAUCGAGAUUUCGACAUGGAAUGGAUUCAAGAAGAGCUAAAAUGUCCGUUCUACUUGGGCACGACGUGGGGAUGUCAUCCACAUCAGGCACAAAAGUAAGCGGGAAAACGGGAAAGAGACAGAAUGAUUCCGCUUGUUCUCUAAUCUGGCUACUGAUAACGGGUUCACGCGAUACAAUGCAAAGAAGAAAAAUGAGAGCAGAAUCGAGAAAGAGAGAAAAGAUAACCGUUUCGUUUUGCAGAUGGGGAACAUCGCAAGGGUUCUGGGAUGCCCUGAAUAAUGUCCUCGCGCCGCCCAAUUCUCAUUUCUUGAAAGUGAGGGCCAUUGGAGAAUGUGGGAUAGACUUGCAUCGAUGCAUUUCCGACCUGGAAAUCCAGAAGGAAGUGUUCGAAAAGCACAUAGAACUAGCUUUCAAGUACGAUCUUCCGCUCGUGAUUCACUGCAGAAAUGGGUCCAAGGGACAGUCGGAGAAUAUUUGUCUCGAGAUUCUUGCCAAGGUAACUUCCGAAAACUUCUUAAAGUAGACAAAUUGUCUUUAGCAAAUGAACAAACCUGGAAAUCACCGAUAUCUGAAAAUCCACCGUCACUGCUACACAGAGGACUGGGUGACUGCCAAAAAAUGGCUCAAACAGUGCCCUGACGUGCAUUUCGGUUUGUUUUCGCAUUGAAAUCUCAUUAAAGUGAUGGAUUUUUAAGGAUUCACGCCCGGAAUAUUAUUGUUCAAAGAGCACCAACUGAAUGCGGUCCGCAAUAUUCCACUCGACAGAAUACUUCUGGAGACGGAUGCUCCGUACUUCAAACCGAAAGUUUUCGAAGGAAUCGCACCACCGAAAACGACACUUCCACCUAUGGGUGAGGGUGGAAUCUUCUUCUUCCACAUUCGCACCUUUUCGUUUCAGCAAUAGCGGCUGCUUACAAGAUCGCCGAGUUGAAGGGACUCUCGCCGGAAGAAGUGCUCCGAGCCACGUACAACAACACGCGUCGGAUGUAUCGACUCGAAUUCGACGAUUAG